GUGCCUUUGAUGAAACUAAAUAAUGCCCCGGGGAGAGUUAGCUAUGGGCUCUUUAGAGACUGUUUCUUGGCUUAAGGGCUGUUUGGUUUAUCGCUUCUUGUUAUUUAUUAUCUGGUUAUCAAGCUUCCAAGAUGUAGCUGCGCAUGAUAAGCUUAAUGAGCAUAGUAGCAGAUCGACAACCUCUGAAUUGGCAAAUCCACCUGGUAUUGGAGUAUCUGGUCCCAUUCAAGUAUCGCCGUCCGUAAUUCCCAAAUAUGCAUCUCCUGCUCUACCUUGGACACCACCAAUGUACCCUACUUUUCCUGAUACAUAUGAACCCAAGUUAACCGGCAAAUGUCCUACAGACUUUCAAGCAAUUUCUAGUAUUAUCGAUACAGCGGCUUCUGAUUGUUCCCAACCGUUUGCUGCACUUGUUGGGAACGUGAUAUGUUGUCCACAGUUUGUUAGCUUACUUCAUAUUUUCCAAGGACAGCACAACGUGAAGUCAGAUAAGUUGGUUCUGCCUGAUAAAGUUGCUACAGAUUGUUUUUCAGAUAUCGUUAGUAUCCUGGUCAGCAGAAGAGCCAACAUGACAAUACCUGCACUUUGCUCUGUAACAUCGUCAAAUCUAACUGGAGGUUCCUGUCCAGUAACAGAUGUCACAACGUUCGAGAAAGUUGUUAACAGUAGCAAAUUACUGGAUGCCUGUCGCACUGUUGAUCCUCUUAAGGAGUGUUGUAGGCCUAUUUGCCAACCUGCAAUUAUGGAAGCUGCGCUUAUUAUUUCGGGACACCAAAUGACAGUUGGUAAUAAGAUCCCUUUAGGAGGAUCAAAUAACGUCAACACAAUUAAUGACUGCAAAAAUGUGGUGUUUUCAUAUCUUUCCAGGAAGCUUCCGGCAGACAAAGCCAACGCCGCAUUUAGAAUUUUAUCUUCCUGCAAAGUUAACAAAGCUUGCCCGUUGGAAUUUAAGGAGCCAGCGGAAGUGAUCAAGGCUUGUCGUAAUGUGGCUGCUCCAAGCCCUUCUUGCUGUAGCUCGUUGAAUGCAUACAUCUCUGGGAUACAGAACCAAAUGCUAAUAACAAACAAGCAGGCCAUAGUCUGUGCAACAGUCAUUGGUUCUAUGUUACGUAAAGGUGGUGUUAUGACAAAUAUCUAUGAGCUUUGUGAUGUCGAUCUCAAAGAUUUCAGUGUCCAAGCAUAUGGAAUGCAACAAGGUUGUCUUCUGCGAAGCUAUCCUGCAGACUUGAUAUUUGACAACACAUCAGGCUACAGCUUUACAUGUGAUUUGACAGACAACAUUGCUGCUCCAUGGCCAUCUUCAUCGUCAAUGACUUCUUUGUCUCUCUGUGCUCCAGAGAUGUCAUUACCUGCCUUGCCAACAUCUCAGACUAUUAAAAAUCACGGGUUUCGCAAUGGUGGGGUUGAAGCGUUUCGUCUCAUUAUUUGGAUUAUUGAUCCCAAACCAAGAUUUCAGUUUUCUUCUUUUGUAACUCUUCCUCCAUCUUUUUCAGUGCAACAGAAACUCUAUACAAGAGCAACGAGUAAACAGUUUAUCGCCUUUUCUGCAGCACCAUCAGAUGUAGAGACUUCUUCUAAGGAUGAAUCUGUUUUGGUUACGAAAGUAGAGACUAAAAACAGCAAUGAAGUUAAGGUGCAUGUACAAGUAUCAGGAGAGAAGACUCAAACAGUAUUCAAUCAUGUAUUUGAGAAAAUGGUUGCUGCAGCUCAGCCAAUACCGGGGUUCCGAAGAGUUAAAGGAGGGAAGACCCCAAAUAUACCCAAAGAUGUUUUGUUAGAGAUCCUUGGAUAUUCUAAAGUCUAUAGGCAGGUGAUAAAGAAAUUAAUCAAUUCUGCUAUCGAAGACUAUGUUAAACAGGAAGACCUUAAGGUUGGCAAAGAGUUGACUGUUGAGCAAAGUUAUGAAGAUCUUGAAGAAACAUUCGAACCAGGUGAUAGUUUCAGCUUUGAUGCUAUUAUAAAGCUUCAAGAAGCGAUAUGAAGAAAGCGUUGAUCCUAAGGUAACUUAUCAAUGUGAUUUGUCUUUUUACCUUGUCUGGUAACAAUUAGAUUUCUUGUAGUGUAGGAAAGGAUAACCUCAUUUAAUAAAUGUUUGAAACUUCA